AUGGUGAACUGGUUAACCCUCGCCGUGCCGUUCGCCUACCUGGGCGUCCUUAUUGGCUCUUUGGCGACCUUCUCCUCGUUGUACCGCAAGCGCAAAGCCCAAAAGGCAUUCUCACUGGAACCAUGGUUCCCACCACACCUGCAACGAGAUAUUUAUUUUUCCCUUCUUCAUCUUGACCCGCCUGCGUCUUCCAAGGAGAAAAAGGCCCCUGCUGUGCCCGAGACGGUCCUCAAAGCGGCUCUCCUGAGACGCGCCGCGGAGGAUAUCAAGCGUGUCAUGGCGCUACGCAGUCAAAAGCAGGCCCUAUCCAUGUUACUGCAACGAGGCAGUGUGGGUGACGAUCUGUGGCAGCGGUUUGAGCGAGCGGAAAAGGAAAUGGAGGACGAAGUUCGAGAUGUUGUUUCGGAGGCCAACGCUUAUGUACCCAACUGGGGCCAAACAAUAUUCCAAUCCGCAAACGAGAUGAUGAACAACGUGAUAUACCGUGAGCGAGUAGAGAAUUACCAAUCUAAGCUCAACGAGGAGCGGCAGUGGUGGGAUCGCAAGAAGGCGAGCAUUCAGGAGGGCUUCAUGAAGGAAUUGGACGCCGAAGAGUCCUCGAAACACGCCGAGCCGGCGUCGACUACAACCCCGACUACUACCAACAGCUCGACCCCAGCGACGAAAACCCCAGAGUCAUCGGGCGCACCGUCAUCCGUGCCUGGGAGCGAUGACGAAGCGGUUUUGGUGGAGGCUGUUGAGCAAAAUGGAGGCUCAGGGAAUAUAGGGGGUGGCAAAAAGAAAAAGAAGGGCAAGAAAUAA